AUGCCGAAGUCAUCCGGAGAUGGAACAGCUUCUGCUCAUCCUGCACAGCUCGAGGUAGUACUUCAAACUAUGCUUCAACAGUUGCAAUUUCAGCAUGAAGAAAUGAAAAUGCUGUUCGCCUCGUUAGCGCCUACCAAGGAUGGCAUGGUGGAUAACCAGAAGCUGCUAUAUGACCAAUUGAACAAGGACGUAGAAAAGUUCGUAUAUGAUGAGGAAUCUGGAUAUACAUUUCGACUACUGGUACAGAAGAAAACGUUGAUACGCCGCCGAUACGAGUGUUUGAGGAUAACAUGCCCAGCACUUACUUCGGAUUACGUACCAUUCCGAGAUUAUGCGAACACGAUCAAAAGGAUGGAUGAAGAAGCUUCACUGAAGGAAAUGGAUUACACAGCACUGAAGACACUGCAGUUUGUGGCAGGACUUCAGGAUCCUUCCUUACGAGAAGUACGUCUCAGAAUGCUUCGUCGACUCGAUACGCAAGCAGAAGACGCGCCAUUGACGAUUGAAGAUCUCGUUGCAGAAUGCGAAAAUUUCACAGCUCUGAAGAUGGAUAACGCAAAUAUGGGAACAAGCCACGAUGUUCAUGCCGUGCAGAAAAAGAAAGUGAAAUGUUUCAAAUGUGGAGGCCCACAUUACAGGAAUGUUUGUCCACUUCUCGCCAACCAACCAAAGAUGUCCGACCAGAUCCCAAAGAAACCAAGAAGGCAGCAUUAUCGUCAAUUUCUGAAGUGUUAUCGAAGAACGCCGUGCACGUCAACUCCUGGACAGCUUUCACCAGCAGAAUUGUUUCUCGGACGUCAGAUAAGGACUACCUUGACGUUACUGAAGGAAACAACCGAAGGUGAAAAGGACCAAGAAAUGCAAAAAUGGAAAAGCAAUUCAACCGUCACCACGGAGCACGUAAAAGAUCGUACAAGAUCGGAGAACCAGUUUGGAUUCGAGACUAUCGUCCUGGACACAAGCAAUGGAUCCUUGCACACGUGA